UUCUUACCGUCCUGCGAACGUAUUUUCGCGGAUAAACAGUUCGAUUGCUUUUUCUUUCCGUUUAAUUGCGCGAUUGCUGGUCUGUUAUGUAAACAGAGGUGCUCGGGUAUUACGCAUAUUUAUUCUGGCGAUGGAUGCGUACUGAUUAGUUUCGUUGAUUUGAUCGUUGUCCCCUGAAUUUUGAAAAUUUUGUAUUUUGUAUGAACGGUAUGGGUUGGGGAAUAAUGUAUCUGUUCAUUUGAUCGGGGACUGUUAACGUAUUUUAUCGAUUAAUAGACGAAUUGCUAACGGGAAGAUCACGAGGUUCGGACGAAUCAUCAAUCGUGUAAACAUUAUUUGACAUUGCUCGAUAGCGGUGAGCAAAUAAUCGGUCAGAUAGUGAACCAUGCUCGAACCGAGUGGUGUAAUACGUCAGACAGUUUUCAAGUGGAAUCGACGCUCGUCUCGGAACGACAUUGCGUACCUUGCUUUAAAUAAUCUUGUCACGAUUUUAGAUUCAUCGAGUGACAAGAUUAUCAAGAAUUCCAUGAAUUUACGAAUCGAAAACAAGAAUUACGAGAGACGUUCUCGAAAUUCGAAGGACAAUUAAGUUAGAUUGUCGUUACAACCACUUCCGGUCGUAUCGUAUGGUAAUUUUAUGCAUCAAUAUGUAUUAACGAUCAUGAAUUAUUCACAACCCGUUGCAGUCGAAACCAGACGUUGCUCCCUCGCCGCGUGCACUAUCUCUUCAGUGAUCCCGACAAAGCCAACAGGCGGCCAUAUUGCUCAGCCAACAUAAGUCACGCGGAAACAAGUGUAUUUUCAUCUGGUGGAAGACUCUUACGACUACUAAGUGCGAACACAAAGUUAAAACGAAGAAAUAGUAACGCGACAGUGAAAUUCAACGAGGAAAGAAGCGAUACAUAAUUGCUAUGUGUGUCGGAUCGAUGAACGAGGCAGCGAGGCGUAUUACUUCCUUAAAAUGUAUCUCUCGCGCAUGUACCGUGCGAAGAUGACUCGUCUAGCUGGACGUCACGAGGCAAGAGAAGUCUUUCGUUUUGAAUAAUUGCUCACCGAGUAUACGCGUACGUCGAGUAGGCGAUGAGCUCAUCGGCUCUGGAUAAGAUCUACGUAACGUGAAAAAGAAAGGAAUCGGAUUAAGCACGGACCGGUGAAUAGUCAGGCUAACGGUAUGCGGUGACAGAGUUCGAGUGACCGAGUUUGGCGAUCUUCGAGCUGACUUCUCUUUGUCUUGGAAUUAUUAAAUACCGAUCGGCAGAUAAAGUACACUUUAUUACAAUUACACUUUAUCGUCUGCGAAGCAAGUGGAAUGCCUGAUUUACGAGAAAAGAAGCUACAUACUUGAUACACUUCUCGUUAGUUUACCACAUCCUAAAUGGAUAGAAUCGAUAAGUACUGGAAGAACAACUUUCGCUAACCCUCGAACGUGUUCGAGGUUUACGAUUCGGUGUGUCGUUUAUCGCCCAAACACUCCAUGGCAACGAAUUUCACUCGAUUCGCGUCACGCCGGUAUUCGCGGCCAAACUCGCACCAGCCGCGGUCACGUUCGUUUUAACAGGCGAAUCGCAUUCUGGCACGAUGCUGAAGUUCCAAACCGCGACGAAGGAGGACCUGAAGCUGGCCGCGUCCAUUCAGCGGCGUCGGCAGAUCGACGCCGAGAGGAAACAGCGAAUCUUUAAUCCGCGGUUCAGAAAGAUCGGGAUAGACAAGGAAUUCUUGGACAAACAGGUCGAGGAAAAGAAGCAGCAACGGCAGCUGGAACAGGCCAGGGAAUCCGAGCUCGACGAGAAUUUGAUUCGCAGCAGCAACCUCGCCUUGCUCCUCGAGAGGCAACAAGAAGAGGAAAGGCGAAAGAUCAAUGUCGAGAUCGAGAAUUUUCGCCGGAACUACCAGCGGCAGGAGGACAGGGAUUCUGACAUCUGCGAUAAAAUUGUUUCGAAACAAUCAGGACUGGGCGAUGACGAUCGGAACUUCGGAUUGGGUUCCGCGCAGAGAUUCGGGGGCGAUCAGGCCGACUCCAGGGAACGACUGAAGGCGCGAAAGGAGGAGACGCGGUACUGGAUCGAGAAGCAGAUGGAGGAGCGUGUGAAGAUCGAGAGAGACCGCCAGGAAGCCGAGAAAGCGUACCAGGAAGCCGUCAUCUCCAGGGACAAGCGUGCCGCGGCGUUAGAUCAGAUGGAACGUGAAUGCCGUCGAAGGUUGAACGAAGCCACCGCAAGAUUCAAUCGAGCCCUGGCGGAGGAGCAAGAGCGUCGCCGUCGCUGCGAAGCCCUUCAAGACGAAGAGGACAAGAAGGCGGAAAUCUACAAUCACGUGACUGGGGACUUCCUGACGGAAGCCAAAGAGCAGGCGAACAGCACUCGUGGACCGCACAAGCCGCUGGCCUCCCGCUACAAAGGAAUGAGCGCGGACGAGCUCAGGGCUGUCAGGGAUGCGCAAGAGAGCCAGAUGGAGGAAAUCGAGAAAAUGAAAUUGGAGGAGAAGCGAAUGAACGAGGAAUGGGACCGGUUGAUGAAUUCGCACGCUAUCAUCGCGGACACGUACCACCGUGAACUGGAGCGGAAGAGGGCGGAGACGAAUAAGAAGAUCGCUGAAGAGAACUUACAGCUAGCCGAGCAACACAAAUCCCAUCAGGAGUAUCUUAACCGAGUUCUGUACAAGAAUAAACCAACUGCGGCCUUCUUUGAACAAUUUAACAGAGACGCUCGCUAAAAAAAGACGCUUGUCUGAUGUAAUCGUAUUUAUAAUGGCUUUUGAUAAUGUACACGUGCAAUUAACAUAACGUAUAAAUCAUGUUUUAUGAAUGAACUUCGGAUAUUUAUUGGAGAUCCGUGUAUUUUUAAUGAAUCGAUGAAAAACUGAAAUUAAAAUUUUAUAUUCUUUAUUGGACGUUUCUUUGGACCGUCGAUAAUGCCUAAGUUUGACUUUCACUCGAGUUUUUUUCAUUUUAGUCUAGCUCGUGGACAUUUUUAGACAAGUUUGUAAGAUUUUAUAGUUUUUCUGCUUUUGUCUGAUUAAAUUAGUGUGUUCAUGCGGAUUGAUAAAUUCGUUAUUUUAUAAAUGUUCAGUAAAUAUUUUUCUAUCCGAUA